CUUGUAUUCAAACUACUGAAGAGAUUCUCUUACUAGUUCUGACAUUUGGCCCCUUCAGUGUCUUGGAUUAUAUAUGUAGAUAAUUGUAUAAAUUAAUUUUAGAUUCUGCUGAAAGCUAAAGUGGUUAUACUACAGUGGCUUAGAAAAUGAAAAGAUGUAAUUUCAACAAAGAGCUUGGAGGGAGGCAGCUAGGACUGGUGUGUAGUGGCUCAGUGGUUCCAUUGGGGUUGAGACUUUUUCUAACUUUUUGUUUGCUUACUUCUUUCAUCCUCUUUAAUAUGAGUACCAUCAGACAUAAAGUCAGCAUUUAAGUCAGGAAGAAGGUGGAAGGACAAAAGGAAAACAAUCUAGCUGGGGCUUCUUGGACCCCCACCUCUCUUCCCUAACCUGAAGGAGUUAUACUUACACAUAGUCUUCAUAAGACCUGUUGUAGCCUCCAUAAAGUCACUUUCUGUGUUGUGAUGCACUUCUUGCCUUGUUGCAGGCACCUCACUUCCCCAACAACACCUAAAAACAGCUGUCUCCAAGUCCAGAUUACCCAUGGUCCAUAUGGAUUAAAUAUCUCCCCCAGGUUAGGGCAACUCUGACACUCAGCCUCACCUUAUGAAAAAAGGAGACCUAAGAGGAAGGUCCAUCAUGAGUGAGAAAUGGGACUCAAACUCUUCAGGAAACUGGCAUCAUACUUUAAGUGUCAAUGACACCAGACAUUAUCUCUAUUCAGAUAUCAAUAUUACCUAUGUGAACUACUACCUUCAUCGUGCUCAAGUAGCAGCGAUCUUCAUUAUUUCCUACUUUCUGAUAUUCUUCCUGUGCAUGGUGGGAAAUACAGUGGUAUGCUUUAUUGUAAUGAGGAAUAAACAUAUGCACACAGUCACUAAUCUCUUCAUCUUGAACCUGGCAAUAAGUGAUUUAUUAGUUGGCAUAUUCUGUAUGCCUAUUACGCUUCUGGACAACAUUAUAGCAGGGUGGCCAUUUGGAAACGCAAUGUGCAAAAUCAGUGGUUUGGUUCAGGGCAUAUCAGUUGCAGCUUCAGUCUUUACUUUGGUUGCAAUAGCAGUGGAUAGGUUCCGGUGUGUUGUCUACCCUUUUAAACCAAAGCUCACUAUCAAGACAGCGUUGGUCAUUAUUGUGAUCAUCUGGGUCCUGGCCAUUGCCAUUAUGUCUCCAUCUGCAAUAAUGUUACAUGUACAAGAAGAAACAUAUUACCGGGUGAGGCUCAAUUCCCUGAAUAAAACCAUGCCUGUCUACUGGUGCCUGGAAGACUGGCCACAUAAGGAAAUGAGAAAGAUCUACACCACGGUGCUGUUUGCUAACAUCUACCUGGCUCCCCUGUUCCUCAUUGUCAUCAUGUAUGGAAGGAUUGGAAUUUCACUCUUCAAGAUGACAGUGCCUCACACAGGCAAGCAGAACCGGGAGCAGUGGCACAUGGUGUCCAAGAAGAAGCAGAAGGUUGUUAAGAUGCUCCUGAUAGUGGCCCUGCUCUUUAUUCUCUCCUGGCUGCCCUUGUGGACUCUGAUGAUGCUCUCAGACUAUGCUGAACUGUCUGCAAAUGAACUGCAGGUCAUCAACAUCUAUAUCUACCCGUUUGCACACUGGCUGGCCUUUUUUAAUAGCAGCAUCAACCCCAUCAUUUAUGGGUUCUUCAAUGAGAAUUUUCGCCGUGGUUUUGAAGAUGCUUUUCAUCUCCAGUUCUGCCAAAAAAGAGCACAGCCCAAGGAAGCCUAUGCCCUCAGGGCUAAAAACAAUGUGGUCAUAAAUACAUCUCAUCAAUUAACUCAUGAACCUACAAAUCAAAACCCACAUGAGGAAAAUUUACUUAGAAAAAGUGCUGAAAAGCCCAAACAGGAAUUGAUGGAAGAAUUAGGAGGAGCUACCCAGUGAGAUUUAAUAAAGAGCAAAUGUGAUUUUUCAGCUCUACUGUGUUAUAUAUUGAAAUACUGUUGCUCUCUAUGGCUUUGUACUUCAAUUGUUUCUGAGAAUGUUCCAAAGAAAAUAUGCAUGGAAAGCCCUCUCUGAAAACAAGUAAACAAAAUGGUAGUAUGUUCAUAACCAAUCUUAUGAUACACAAAAUAUGUGAAGUGACUAAUACAUGAGUUUUCCUGGAUAAAUCCAUUUUCUAGGAACAUACUUCAAAGCCUGACCUUUUUCAGCUUAACCCUUUCUGUAUGAGAUAGGCAUGUGUAUUAUGUCCAUUGCUGCAUGCACACCAAGUCUCCACUUGGUGAUAAAGAGGUAGUUCUCUGCAUGAGAGCACAUUUUGUCAGUUCUUCCUUUGCUUUUGUAUUUGAGGUUACAGACUAAAAAUUAAUGAUCUGAACUUUUAAAAUAUCUUUCUUAGAAAUAAGAACUAUAAUAGCAAGUAAAGGGACAUUAUAUUUGUUUGUAUUAUAGGUUGAUUUUGUUUCAUUUGAAAGAGUAAAGUUGGUAAAAUCAUAAAAUUGUUUCAUAGGAGUUAUUGUUUUUUUAAUAUUUUUAUAAAUGAAGUUUAUGCUCUAGCUGAGCCCAUGUUUCUUAUAAAGGUGAUUCAGGAUCCAAUUUAAUUCCCCUGUUAAUAGAAUCUCUCACAUAAAAAAGCAAAUCUUUCAAUAAUGGAGAAGUUGGCAGAAGAAUGGCAGCUCUCUUUUCAAGUGUUUAAGCAGAAAUGCUCAACAAUCAUCCUAAGACUCCCAUAAAGUCUGUACAGAGCUAAACCAAUUAUUCCAGAUUCCCUACUGAGCACAACAUUUAAAUCCAGCACUCCUACUGGUUUAGUAAAUGAGCACUACUAUUAUAAAGAGAAUUGCAACCCCUUGGAUUCUCCUGUGUUACAAUUGCAUUGAUCAUAGUCAUAAAUGCGAGCUUUUAGGGUGACAUAAGCCCCUAAAAACUGGGAAUUAUAAAAUAACAAAUACUCUGGCAAAUAAAAAUAAAUGUCUGGUCUUG